UCGACGUAUUGGAAUCAAGGCCGGUGGAAGGAGGCCGAGGCGCUGGGGGUGCAAGUGAUGGAGACCAGGAAGAGGGUGCUGGGAGAGGAGCACCCCGACACGCUGCUUAGUAUAGGCAACCUGGCAUUGACGUAUUGGAAUCAAGGUCGAUGGAAGGAGGCCGAGGCGCUGGGGUUACAAGUGAUGGAGACCAGGAAGAGGGUGCUGGGAGAGGAGCACCCCGACACGCUAAUUAGCAUAGGCAACCUAGCAUCAACGUACCGGAAUCAGGGCCGGUGGAAGGAGGCCGAGGCGGUUGAGGUGCAAGUGAUGGAGACGAGAAAGAGGGUAUUGGGAGAGGAGCACCCCGAUAUAGUGACAAGCAUAGGCAACCUAGCGUCGACGUACCAGAAUCAGGGCCGGUGGAAGGAGGCCGAGUCUCUGGGCCUGCAAGUGAUGGAGACGAGAAAGAGGGUACUGGGCGAGGAGCAUCCUGACACGCUGAUCAGCAUGGCUAACCUGGCGUCGACGUACCGGAAUCAAGGCCGGUGGAAGGAGGCCGAGUCUCUAGGGCUGCAAGUGAUGGAGACGUUUAAGAGGGUGCUAGGAGAGGAGCAUCCGUCAACGCUGGUCAGCAUGGCUAACCUGGCAUCGACUUACCGGAAUCAAGGCUGGUGGAAGGAGGCCGAGUCACUGGGGGUGCAAGUGAUGGAGGCAAGAAAGAAGGUGCUAGGAGAAGAACAUCCCGAUACGCUGACAAGCAUGGCGAACCUGGCGUCGACGUACUGGAACCAGGGCCGAUGGAAGGAGGCCGAGGAGCUACAAUCCAGGGAACUUAGCAUUUGUUCGAGGGUACUGGGAGAAGAGCACCCCGACACGCUGGCCAGUAUGGGCAACAUGGCGUUGACAUACCGGAAUCAAGGCCGGUGGAAGGAGGCCGAGGCACUGGGGGUGCAAGUGAUGGAGACCAGGAAGAGGGUGCUGGGAGAGGAGCACCCCGAUACGUUGAUUAGCAUGGGCAGCAUGGUGUUGAUAUACUCGAAUCAAGGCCGGUGGAAGGAGGCCGAAUCGCUGGGGGUGCAAGUGAUAGAGACAAGAAAGAGGGUGCUA